AUGGCGCCGAAGAAGACGCCGAAGGGAAAGUCCGGUUUCUUCGGCAUGAGGGCGAAGCCCUCCGGGAACUUCGGACUGGAGUUCUCCGACGCCGGACAGCGUUGGUGGCUCGGCACGUAUCCCACUGCCGAUGAGGCCGCUCGUGCCUACGACGUGGCGGUGUGGCGUGCCAGACGGCCGAAGACGGACCUAAACUUCCCAGAGAUCGAGUCCCAGGCGGUGGCGGAGUGGCUCGUGCCGCAGAGCAUCCGGAUGGAGGAGAUGCCGGCUAAGAAGGCGAAGAAGAGACCGGCGGUUGUUGUCGCUCCCGGCGAGAGCGACGAGGCGGCGAUGGCUUGGUUUGCGCGAUUUGUAAUUUGCUGCAAAGACAUCUCUAAUAAAAUGCUAUUUGCUACAUUUUUAAAUAGGAAAAUUAUUCCGAUGAGCCAACCAUAA